AUGAAGCCGAACCCGAAUGAAGCCACCAGCGGCCAGUUUGAGAGGAGCUUCGAAAAAUUGACGGACAAGAUCGAGUCGCGCCUUCCGUUCCGUCAGCACCACGUUCUGCAUGGCAACAUCUACGAGCAGCCGUAUGGCGAGCGGAGUGAGCAUGACAUGUGGGUGGAGGCGCAGGAAGAUCUGCAUGGACGCGAGAAGGAGAAGCCGGCGGCACGGCAGGCGCGCAGCUACUUCUCCGACGAAGACCUUUCACCAGAUGCGAUGCACGUCCGCUCGCCAGAGCUGAAGGUGGCACAAAACCUUCAGAGGCAGGCGUACGAUAAGAAGAUUCUGAAAACGACGGCGGAGCCGGCUGCCUACUACUACCCGGUGGUGACCUUGGAAGAGAAGCGGCGCUACCGUUGGAAGCUGAUUGCUGGAUGGAGCGCCGUUGGAGUGAUGACACUCACAGGUUUGCGGCGUCUGUGCGAGUACAUGCGCACGGCUGGUUAG